AUACUCUGUACCCCACCAUCGAUCAACCUAAAGCCCGUGAAAGGAAUUAAAUCUCAUGAGGCGAAUUGCUUCAAGGCAGAGAGCAAAGUCGCAGUUAUGUUUAUAUUGACGAAAAUUUCGGACCUCGUACAGGUCACGCCAGGAGAUUUCGAGAAGAAGAGCCGACAAGCCAUUGAGGAUAACAUCAAUGCGAAGUACUCGAACCGAGUCAUUCAGAAGAUCGGUCUCUGUAUCUGCAUGUACGACCUCAUUUGGGCUUCAGAAGGCUUGAUUGGUCAUGGCACUGGGCUGGUAAACAUCAAUGUCGAGUUCCGACUCCUCGUCUUCAGACCCUUCAAGGGGGAGACUAUAGUUGGCAAAAUCAGCAGUGCGACACCAGAAGGGAUUCAUAUUCGUACAGAUUUCUUUGAGGAAAUCUUUGUGCACUUCAAGGAGCUUCCCGAGUCAACUGAGUUCGACCACAACCAGAAGGUAUGGACAUGGAAUAUGGAGGAGGGCGAGGACAGAAUCUUCUACGACAAGAACGAAAUGGUUCGGCUGCAGGUGAUAGACGAGGUCUGGCACGACCAGGCGCCUGACAGUACUGCUGAUGACGCAGCGGAAAAGGCCAAGAAGAUAUCGCCUUACAAUGUCAGGGGCACCAUGAUGAAGGAGGGUCUCGGUGUGUGUUUGUGGUGGGAUGGCUAAUCAUGAGGUUCUUGGGUGAGUAUUCCGGCAAGAGGACCAGGUGCCGAUUUUCCACAGGAAAACAGCAUAGGAUGGCGUU